AUGCAGUCACAACAAGAUCCAGAAGGUCCUCCAGUGACUGAUCAGAGCGCGCAGCUGACGCAAUCCCCAAAUGCGGCCUCACCUACACCCGAUGGUUGUUGUACGACUGAACAGGAGCAAACUCACUCCGGCCAAUUUAACACGAUUCUUCCCGAGUCAGCACAAGGACGAGCCCCAGAAGGAUAUGAAGUUUGUCGGGCGGAAUCGCAAGAGCAUUCGAAUGGUGCACCUGCAAGUAAUCCACACGCUAUCGAUACGAGCGGUCAACACUCCCACUACAGGAAUAGAGCAACGGGUUCAUCCUCGGCCGAUCUUCUUCUACCAUCUCAUGCGGAACCUCAAUCAGUGUCGAGCGGUCCUACGGUCGCUAGACCCAGCACGACGACGACGGCCGAAUCGGCAGAUCAACACGUACCCCGAGACGACGAACGUAGCACUCAGCCUUCCACAAUACAACCGAGCACGAAUCUCGCAAGUCAUUCUGAAGUCCCCCUCACUAUGAUACAAUACAUCACACAAAGUCCGCAGCCGGCAUGGAACUCACUGAGCCUAGCAGGCCUCUCGAUCGAUGACAGGGCUAGUCAUUUCACCACACGAUUUACCACACCAGACGCAACGCCAGAACAACGUGAGACAUGGAACGACCCAAUUUUCACCGACCUCCAUCCGAACGCCAGGGCCAUGUAUCUCGCUAUGACAUCUGCCUGUCCAGAUGCAGCGCCUCCUCAUCAUCCGCUCUGGAACCACCCGUUUCUUGCGCAACUCCCGUAUAGGCGCAGGGCCUUCGCCAUCGCUGCAGACAUGACAUCAUAUCUUAUGCAAAGAGAAUGGGAACAGAAUGACCUACGAAAUGCGGCGGAGCAGAGAAGUGCUCUCUGGCCGGUUCGAUACGGUGACAUCUAUGAUAAGCUCAAUGAAUCCACGAUUUCAUAUCGAGUCGACGAACUGCUACGGCCUUACCUUGACGAGCGCCGCGACUUCGUCCGCAUGACUGAUCGCAUGCUUCUCCAAGCUCGACAAGCACGCGCAAUAGCGCUCUUGGAUACCACCGCCAUGGACGAAGAGAUCGUGCAUCGCACACAAAGCAAAUUGCGACGGCAGGGAUGUCGACGCGACGGAUUGGAACGUGGAACUACAGACACAGAAGAUGGUGAAGCUCCUGUAAGGUGGACAAGAGGCAUUCAUGAACCUUUACAUACGUUUCAGACAAGGCGGAGAGAGUACGAGCCUUUGACUGACCCUGUUUCCUUGUCUGCUCCUGGGAUGACUUUUGGUUAG